GGCAGUGGAAGGGACAGACUGCAUGGAGUACGUGUCCAUUUCUCGUAGUCACUGUUUAGUUUCAAAAUGGCUGAGUUUAAUCGUCCCUUAGUAUCAAUUCAUAAGUGAGAUAAUAAAAAUAAACAUAAUUGCAAACAUAUUCAUCGUAGAAUGAAUUUAAGAACACAAGUUUUCUUAAUAUCCACGAUUCUUUAUUUGAUUCUACUUCAGAACACAAUCGGAAUUCUUCGAAGAUGUGUGAGUUGUAGAUCAAGAGGAGAAUUAGGAUCGUGUAAAGAUCCUUUCACUAUGAAUACAACGGCGAUUAAAAUGGAAAAAGGUGUGGAAACUAUUCCUUGCGUGUCUGGAUGGUGCGGCAAAAUAAUUGAACGGAAGAGUCUAGACAAUGAAUAUGGUACUGCCACGCAAAGACUUUGUCUUCAAAACGGACCCGAUGACCAAGAGGAAAGAUGCGCGUACACCGUGUGGAAGUACAAAAAAGUAUUUUUGUGUCUUUGUUAUGGAGAUCUAUGCAAUGGAACAUCGAAAACAAACGUUUCCAAUGGUUUGAUCUUCGUAACACUUUGCGUUUUAUUUCGAUGGUAUAUGUAAGAAUAUUUGAACUGAAUCGAAUGUAUAUUGUUGUAUAAAAUGUUCCUCAUUUUUAUAUGUAUGUGAUAGUUGUAAUUUUCAAGUUUAGUCGAUAUUGAUUUGUUGAUAUUGCAUUUAAACAAACAAAAGAUUUGUAAAAAUAUACUCUAAUUUUAUUUAUAA